AUGAUCACAUAUCAAUAUUCCAAAGAACUUGAUUUCGGGACUAGUGCGAAUGUUCCAUCAUUUACCAUUUUCCCUAUCCGGGUACGCAAAGAUGAUUCACUGUCACAAAAGGCCAGUAAGAAAUUUGUUACUCGACGCAAAAAGGCCGGUCUUCAAUUCGCGAGUCCUACUUCUGCGUGUCAAUGCCCCUUCGGGCAUAUUGUAUCUUUGGUCAUACCAGAAUGUCCCCCAGAUAAGGUAGCCCUUGCGACCAAACUUUUUGAGUAUACCUUCAUCGAAAACGAUUUACUGGAAACAUUCGGUUCUGAAGAAGAGAAAGAGCUUGAACACGCAAAGUCACGGCUCAACCGGACCGACUCGGACAUCCGCGACGAAAUUAUCGAAGAGAUGCUUGACAUUGAUAAUCCAAUCAUGUCCCUAAUGAUAGUGUCUUACCAGAAGUAUUUGGAGGCAAAGCAGGCUCGCGGAUCGGGACCUUCCACGUUUCAAGAGUACAUCCAGUGGCGAGUUGAGCAUGUUGGAGCUUGCAUUCUUACCACCGCUGUUUGGAUAUUCAUGGAUAUCCACGCUGAUGCCAAGGAGAUGGAAAGCAUUCAACACCUCAUUCGUCCGCUUGAAGAAUCAUUCGGACUCUGCAAUGAUUAUUUCAGCUACGACAAGGAGAGAGAUGAUCUCAUGGAAGGGAGAGGCGCGAAUGCAGUGGCAUUCCUCAUGCAGACGGAAAGAAUUACAGAAGAAAAGGCGCUCGAGCGGAUAAAGCAAAAUAUCAUUUCACUAGAGACAGCCCAUCAUGCAGCGUUCGAGGCAUCUAUGAAGGAGGGUGCGUUGUCUCCAGAAUUACAACGGUUCAUCUUAUUUUUGCAAUCGGCGAUGGGGGGAUUCCACAUAUAUCAAGCUACUGCAGGAAGAUAUCAGACAAGCGCUGAUGCCAAAGCCCAUCCAGACUCUAUCUCUAUGCGUCUGGUGAUGAACUCUGUUUUUUAUCUCAACUGGCUCUAUUUACUCAAAUGA